AUGUUCAAGAGCGGCGGGAUAGCCCUCUUACACACGAACCUCACUGCCAACCCGCCCAAUUAUGGCCCCCCCUAUGACCUUCAUGCUCUACGCUCGCCAAAUAACUCACGGGACGUCAGCGAAUCAGACGCUGCUCAAAUUCCACAAGAAAAGAUCCUCAUGUUUCCGCCUUUCCUCGCCCGCACGCCUUACACCAAACACGGCACAACUGCAGGGUGGGAAGGAACUCGUGUGUGGGAUACUUCCUCCAGGACCGAAUAUUCUCGGCCUGCGCCGCCUGGAGAACGUGGUAUUACGUCCUCUCUUCUAUGGGUUCGUCAAAAAGACCAAGUUGAGGAAAUUCUGUGGUUUGGGACCCAGAAAGGUUUUGUUUGUGCUUGGCGUUGCUACCAAGGGAAAUUUGAAGAAGUAUUCACAAUGGCACUGGAGCUAUCCGCCGAAAUCACCUGCCUCGCUUACGAUUCCGUCAACAAUCGUUUAGCCUUGGGAACUCGACGCAACCGCGUUCAAUCUUGGUCUAUCAGCGCGCCGAAAGAGCAAGUGCGCUGGACAGCCGAGUUGAUUUUCGACAUCGAACUUGAGAGCCCGGGGGCUAUCGAUUUCCACAGGAACAUGCAAGAGCCGGACCGGCUCAUAUACGUCUAUAUCUCUGAAAGCCCUGGCCGCGUUUGGACGUUGAACGGGGAAGAUGGUACCGUUCGAAGCAGUUGGGAUGCGGGGGCCGGAAUUGGAUUCCUUGCUCCAAACGUGGACCAGGGCGUGUUUGGGCUUGGAGACAUGCAAUCCGGACCAGCCAUCUACCGAUAUCGUGAUAACUUCCGUUGGGCCGAUCGUGGCACCACGAUCGUAUCUGGAAGCGACCACGGUGAUAUAUAUAUAUUUGACUAUCAAACAGGUGAAAGGCAGCAGAAGGUUCAAGUCAGCACAGAUGGCGAAUGGGUCCAGGCCGUUGCAGUUGCCGAGAUUGAAGAGAUUUCCACCAUUUUUGCUGCCCAAAGUCGUAUGACAGAAGGCAAAGAAGACAUUAUCGUCUACAAACGGUUACGGGCAGUAGGGUGGAAUCUGUUCAUGGAACGGAUAUUUUGGCCUCUGAUGGUGUUGGGAUUCAUGAUAUUCUUUAUGCAGAACUUCAUCAUGCCUUUGAUGCCAGCCGGAGGCCAGGCGACAGCACACCGCGGACAAUACAAGGAAACUCAGGCCAAGGAGACGGCGGCCGAACAAACGGUGUGGGGAAGGGCGCACGCCACACACCACCGACAAUACAGGAAGGAAAGCCAACCUAAGCAGACAGCAGCUAAGGAGCCGGUGCGGGGAAAGUCGUACGCGACCGUUAUCCGCAUGUAG